UCGGCGAGCCAGCGCACAUCGCCACUAUCUGCUCCCUCGGCGAGAAACCGUCGUCGACUCAACAAUCUGCUUGUGGGAUGUCGUGUUUCCCCGCCGGCGGAUACGUUAGUUCGUGUAACCUGGACGUCUACAACUGCACAGCACGUUUCUCUCUGGCGAUGUGCUGCGGCGGCGUAAUGGCCUUAAUACCACCCACGCGGAUUUGAGUUUCAAGCGACAGUGGCGUCGACCUCACAGUGUGUGUGCUCUGCUAGGGUGCAAAGUGAGUAGGCGUUGCUUGCAUUCGGAUCCCGAGAAGGAACAGGCCCUGCGUCGUCAUGCCAUUGUUUCCCAAGAGGCAGCCAUCGCUGCUGUCCAUGCAUCUACCACUACGCUCCACGAAGUCGAUACCCACCAUGGACUUGUUCCAGGCGAUCGCCGAGGGCAAGGAGGGGGUCUUGAGCCAGUACCUCGAAGACCUGAGUGACCCUAUCCGAAGGAUAAAGGUCAAUGACCGCGACAAGAACACGGGCGCCACGCUGCUUCACCAGGCCGUCAAGAUGAAGAGCAACGCCAUCCUGGACAUGCUGCUGACCUUUGGUGCAGAUCCAAAUGUGAAGGAUAAAAUGGGCUUCACACCCCUGCACUACGUCGCCAAGUUUGUGAGACCAGAAAAAAGGAGGAGCAUAAUCCUUGCGUGCGAGGAUUCGGCUUCGCUGAUGAUCCAGACGCUCAUGACGGCGGUAGGCACGGGAGCCAAUGCCAUCGACGCUUGGGGCAUGACGCCAUUGCACCAUGCGUCCUUAUCUGGCAACAGUCACGUGGUGCGCUGUCUGCUGCCCUACGCCAGCGUGGACAAAGAGGUGACAGACAAACAGGGUCGCACUGCGCUGCACAACGCGGCCACCCUGGGCGAUGCCGAGGUGGUUCGACUCCUGCUGAGUCACGGCGCCAACAUCCACGCCGUGGACAAGAAGGGCCUUACGCCGCUUCACAUCGCCGCCAAGGAGGGGGGCCUGCAGGCCGUGUGCCUGCUGUGCCAGGAAAUACAAAAAGAGGACAUUCCCGUGGCUGUUCUCUCCAGGAGGGACAAGCAGAACAAGACGCCUCUGCAUUACGCUGUCGAGAACAACCACGUCGAGAUCGCGCGCUUCCUCUUGGAAAAAGGCGUCGACCCGAACUGCUCGUCAUCGACCGGCCUGACAGCUCUGCACCUUGCGGCUAUGCGAGGCGGCGUUCCCAUGUGCCAGCUGCUCAUGGACCACGGUGCCGCCACCGACGUGCUGGCCGACGGAAACAAGACGCCCCUGUUUUUGGCGGCGACCAACGACCGACCCCGCAUCGUCGCCUUCCUGCUGGACAAAGGCGCUGGCAUUGAAGACCGGGACGUGGAAGGCAACAGCCCUCUGCUGGGAGCCGUGGACAGCGGCAGCGUGGAGGUGGUCAAGUUGCUGCUGGGCCGCGGCGCCGACAUCGAGUCACGGAACAACGACGACCGCAAUGUACUGCACAUGGCUGUGCUCUCCAAGAACGAGGAUGUACUUCAGCUACUCCUUGCAGUCAAAGGGUCAGAACACCUGAUUAACAGGAAAGACUGCGAUGGGGACACUCCUCUUCAUCAUGCAGCACGCAAUGCUUUUCUCGACAUUGUUCAGGUACUUCUAAAGCAUGGGGCCAGAGCUUCGGCGAAAAAUUCGAGCGAAGAAACGACUCUGCACGCCGCGUGCCACUACAACUUCCCAAACGUGGUGCGCGAGAUCGUGAAGCAGAACGCUCGCCUGGUGAACGAGACGGACAUUCACUGGAACACGCCGCUGCACGUGGCGGCGCAGGGCGGCUUCAGCGAGACGGCCGCCAUCUUGAUAGAAGCCGGCGCCUACCUGGAGGCCAAGAACUACUACGAGUGGACGCCCCUGACGGUGGCCUGCAAGAACGGAGACUUCGACACCGUCUCCAACUUGCUGGCUGCCGGGGCGUCCGUCAACAGCGUCGACAAGAUGAAGAACAGGCCACUUCACAUCGCGGCCGAGUUUGGAAACGAGUCGGUUGUGAAGCUCCUGCUAAAUCGCAAGGACGUAAGGGACUUCGUCUGCAAGAGGAACGCGAACAAGAAAAACUGUCUCGACAUGGCUAUCGAGGAAGAGCACAGAGAUGUGGUUGAAGUGCUGCUGAAGAGCCGGUUUUGGGAGGACCUGCUGCAGAACUCGACCGAGAGUGAGCAGUACGGAACUCACCAGACUCCGCUGCGAAACUUAAUUCGCACUAUGCCAGACUUGGCCACGCUCGUGUUCAACAGUUGUGUCAUGGUGGAAGCCGGAUCUGACGAAGACCCUAACAAGUCGGUCACGUACCAGUACCAGUUCCUGGACGACGCCUUCUGCGGUUGCGGCGCCGACGACUCCGACGAUGAGAGCGACUCGGACUCGGACUCGCCCGCCCCAGUGAGGAAAGUGUACGAUGACCAUGGCAACGUGCUUCCUGGUACGCCACUCUAUUCCAAGGACUUCGGUACCCUCAAGCAGAAUCACCCACUCAUGAUCAUGGCAAACGAGAGGCGGCGUGCCCUACUGGGCCACGAACUGUGCAAGAGCCUCUUGCUGCACAAAUGGGAGAGCUACGGCCGCUACGUGUACUACUCCACCAUGUCCAUCUACCUGCUCUUCCUGGGAUGCCUCACGUCGUUCGCCAUGGGCACUCCGGCGCCAUGCCCGCUGGACUUCCCGCAUUUCAACACCACGUGCUCGUUUAUCUCGCGAUACAACACCUGCGCCGUCAUCGGUGAAGCAUCUGACGAAGGACUGUACAUGCAGACGGACUUCGCUCGGAAAGCUAAAAUUAUCAUAUUCAUGGUGUCCCUCAUAUUCCUGUUGAAAGAGGUUUUCCAAAUGUACAACACGCGCUGGAACUACCUCGACCUCGAAAACCUGUCGGAAUGGAGCUGCUAUGUCUGUUCUCUACUUUUUGUCUUCAACUUCACUGACUGUUCAGCAUCAACCGGCGUCCCAGAGCCGUGGCAGUGGCACCUGGGUGUUGUGUCCGUGUUCCUCAGCUGGGCCCUACUGGUGAUCUACAUUAGAAAGUUACCCUUCCUAGGAAUCUAUGUGGUGAUGUUCACGAACGUGCUCAGCACCUUCUGCCAGUUCUUCAUGGUCUUCUUCCUCUUCAUUGUGGCCUUCGCCCUGACUUUCUUCGCACUUUUGCAGAAUCAGGCCCCCUUCGACACCCCAUGGAAGGCAAUCAUGAAGACCACAGUGAUGAUGGUCGGCGAGAUCGAAUACGACAGCAUAUUCACGGAGAACGUGCUGCCCUACGAGACCUCCUCCUACAUCCUGAUGGCACUGUUCAUCGUGCUUAUGACCAUCAUAACGUCCAACUUGCUCGUCGGUCUGGCGGUCGACGACAUCAAGGAGGUCCUAGAACAGGCCGAGCUCAAGAGGCUAGGAAUGCAGGUGAAGCUAGUUCUGACAGUGGAGACGAUGCUGCCCACGUGGGUCCGACGCCAAGUCAUCGUGCAGAAGAGGACCGUAAAGCCUAACAAGAAGACCAAGCUGGCCAUCCUACUGCGACGAAUGUUCGGCAUCAACGUCCACACGGUUCAACACAAAGGCCAAGACGAGAAAUACACGGUAGAGAAGGUCUACGAGCACCAGGAGGCCAUGGAGCGCAUGCUGAGACACCUCGAGGAGCGAAUGAACAUCCUCACCCAGCAGGGUCACCGGCUCGAGAAGGCCCUGAACGCGCUGUCGCAUCGCCUGGACGACGACUCGGACGGCAGGUCUCGCUCGGCGAGAACUUCGUUGUCUAACGAUUUGUGACCACGCGGGCCGACUGCAGUCCAUCGUUAAUAGAGUGUCGUGUUUGUGUGAUCGUCCUCACGUU